AUGUCACGACGCCAGCAGGAAAUUCAACGCAUCGAGCGUAAAGUUAGGGCCAAAUUGCCUUACCGCACCUUUCGCGAGAUAACCUUUGAUAGGGACCAAAUAAAAGCGGGCAUUGAGCCGUUGAGCUUCGUUGAGGCACGCAGGAAGCGAGGCCCAAUCUACGAGGCUCUGCAGGAUGAAUUACGCCACGAAGGCUGUCUCAUGAUGCCGGAGUUCUUGCGUUGCCUGGCUGAGAAGGAGCAGGCGCUGUUUGAGUCCAUCAGCAUACGUGCCAGAAUCAUUGACGAUCGUCCGUUACUCUAUGAGGUAAUUGAGAAGCUGAAGCAGGCAGAGUUGGCAGUUAUCAAGCGCAAGGUCAAGGGAUUGAAGGAGUGCUUUACACUCUUCUACGAGACACUGCUGCUCCUCGAGCCCUAUCGCAUAAAGUAUGAAUAUGCUCUCAACGCGGUUAUGGAGCAUAUUGUCUCGUUGUGCCACAACAUCGAAGGUCAGGAGCGUGACGCAGCCGAGAUGAUAGCUCGCAUCUAUCAUACCUAUGCUAAUUUUCUGGAACGUACUGGCCAACGCGUUAAUGCAAUUACCUAUCUGAAGGCCACCUUGGAGCUGGUCCGUGGGCACAUGUGGCUAGCCGAGCCGGACAAGGGAUCAGCUAGCCCGAUCCUUCAUGCACUGGUUGCUCAACAGCUGGCCAGGCAGCUGCUCAUCCAUGGGCGACAGAUUGUACGUCAACAGCCCGAGGAGGCGGUUGACAUGGCCAGGAAGGCAACAGUACUCAUUGCAGAAAUUGGACGGCAAAAGAACUUGGACAUUUUUUGUGAUACAUUUUUGGAAAGGGCCUAUUUUCUUAUGGAAGGUGGCAAAUACCAUGCAGCACAACAAUGCCUAGAACAGAUCAGGGCUCAAAUUGUUGCAUGUACAGAGUACAGAUUUGUCAAGCUGAACAUCAAGUUCUAUCUAUAUCUCGGCCAAUGUGCUGAGAGCUUUGACAACAUUGACAAGGCCAUCUCUAGUUUUAAGAGGGCUCUACGCCUGUCUCGCCUGUACGACCAUAAGGAUCACGAGGCUGAGAUACUUCUCAAUCUCGGCAAGCUCUUCGCCAGAGACACGCAGAAGACGGGAAUUGCCAAAAAGUGUUAUAAUCAAGCCAAAAACAUUUACAUCGACUUUAACGAUAACCACAGCAAGAAGACAGCCGUCUUCCUAAUGGGAAAACUGUUGGCAGAUGAAAUCACUCCCCUCUAUAUGGCCAUGCUAAAGGCCUCCAAUUCUCAGUACUGUGCCUUUUACAAUCUUCGCCAGUGGAAGAAUCGUUGUCGUCCCUUCUGGCAUAAGCUGGGUGACGAGAUAAUCAAACAGGAGUCGAACAAUAUUUACUGCCUACUCGAGGAGGAGAAAGAUGAUCCUGUUAACAUACCAGUCUACCUUGACUUGGAUGGUAAUACCUUCAAAGUCGAGGAGGGUGAUAUAUGAUAUAUUGAUGAGUAAUCCACUGAAAAAUUGUUAUUGUUUGACUUGUGCUAGACUGCUCUUAGGGCUGUACUGCAAUCUUUUCAAUUAUCCAUCAUCCAAACAUAUCUGACACCGAGCUUACUCGUUCUCGGUCGAUAAGGCUUUCAGUGCAGGCCUAAAGGCAGGUCUAAGUUCUAUUAUCAUAUAUCCCGUAAAUUUAGUCUAAUGAAAGUAUGGAGACUCAAGUCCUAAAUGUUUUCAUAACUGGAUAGUAUUAAUAGAUCGCUCGAACACACCA